AUGAACCUAAGCUUCUUCGACCAAUUUUCAAGCCCAUACCUCCUAGGGAUCCCACUCAUCCCAUUAUCCCUCCUAUUCCCAACCUUACUACUGCCAUCACCCAACAACCGUUGAGUAACCAACCGCCUCUCAACCCUACAACUCUGACUCGCCAACCUAAUCACCAAACAACUUAUGACUCCUCUAAACAAAGCCGGUCACAAAUGGGCCCUCUUACUAACCUCACUUAUACUCUUCCUCCUCUCCAUUAACCUGUUAGGCCUACUCCCGUACACCUUCACCCCAACCACCCAGCUAUCGAUAAACAUAGCCCUAGCCGUCCCACUCUGACUCGCCACACUCCUAACAGGCUUACGAAACCAACCCUCCGCCUCUCUCGGUCACCUACUCCCCGAAGGAACCCCUACACCACUCAUCCCAGCCCUGAUCAUGAUCGAAACAACCAGUCUACUCAUCCGACCGCUAGCCCUAGGCGUACGCCUAACAGCAAACCUCACAGCUGGCCACCUACUCAUCCAACUCAUCUCCACAGCUACCGUCACCCUCCUACCUAUAAUACCAUCAAUCUCAGCCCUAACAGCACUUAUCCUAUUCCUACUGACUAUCUUAGAGGUAGCAGUAGCCAUAAUUCAAGCCUACGUAUUCGUACUCCUCCUAAGCUUAUACUUACAAGAGAACAUCUAA